AAAUGGAGCAUGGACCAAAAACACACAAGAAGUGAGUCCUGCAGGAAGACAUCACCGAGGGGAUGGACAAAGCUGUAUGAAAAACAAGUCACUGGAUUUUGUUCCUUCUCUGACAGCGAUGAGCACCUUCCAUCUCAGGGAAGGCGGCUCACGGCUUCCAAAAAUUCGAUGCCGUCCACAGAAUCCAAAAAAGGCAGGGGGUCUUGACUGGGAGGAGGGCUCUCAUUCCCAGAGUGAGGACCCGAGUCUCCCAGCCUCACACUCAGCCACAGCCACCCAGACAGCCAGGCUGAGAGGCAGAGAGACAGAGAGAGAGAGAUAGAGAGAGAGAGAGAGAGGAUGGAGGGAGGGAGGAGUCUCUCUCUAUCCCCUAACUGUGUCUGCUACGUGAGUGGUGGAGCAAGGGAGAGAGAGAGAGAGAGAGCAUGAGAGAGAAGGAGGGGGGGGGCCAAGUGAGGGCUGAAGAGACUGAGAAUGGAUGGGCAGCGAGAAACCGUGCGAGCGAGAGAGAAAGAGUGAGCGUGUUUAUGCUCAGAGUCGUCAGCGAAGACACAGAAAGUCUACAAGCUCACGUGCGAGGCAGAGCUGACCACCGACAACUCUGAAGAGUGACACAGACGGGAAAGAGAGGCGCGCAGAGAAGAGGAAGAAUCAGCAGAAGAAGAAGAAGAAGAGAAGGACUGAAGACAGACUACCAGCUUCCACUGGUAAAAGGAGACACCACUGAGGGACUGUAGCAUCCGUCCCCCCUCCCAGCAGCACAGAGGAGCACUGUCUCAUCUCGUGCAUGUGUUUGUUCCUGCCAACUCCAAUUUCACACUCGCCCACUGUUUUUCGUAGGUUUUGCCCUCUCCACUCCACAGUCAUGAUCCCUUGGGUCCUUCUGAUCCUGUGGAGCUCCGGACAUGGGGCGCAAUCCUCGUUUUCCCAGCAGCCACAGGACCUUGUGGUGGUGGCGGGCCAGCCUGUGACGUUACCGUGCAGCAUCCCCACUUACCAUGGCGUCGUCCUAUGGAUUAAAGAUGGCUUGGCGCUGGGAGUUGGCAGAGACCUCUCUGGCUAUCCUCGUUACACAGUGAUUGGCGACCACGGUUCAGGAGAGCAUCAUCUGCGAAUCCAGCGUGUCGAGCUGAUGGAUGACGCUGUGUUCGAGUGCCAGGCUGUCCAGGUUGGCUUGAGGUCCCGUCCUGCCCGUCUCACUGUGCUGGUUCCCCCAGAGGACCCGGCCAUCAGUGGAGGGCCAGUGGUGAGCCUAAGGGCUGGUGACCCUCUCAACCUGACCUGUCAUGCUGACAACGCCAAGCCGGCAGCCUCAAUCAUCUGGAUCCGCAACGGAGAGGUCCUUAAUGGGGCCAUGUACUCCAAGACCUUGCUCCGGGACGGCAGGAGAGAGAGCACCGUGAGCACGCUCUACCUAUCGCCUUCCAACAUCGAGACGGGUCAGCAGAUCAUCUGUAAGGCCUCCAACAAGGCAGUCCCCAACGGCAAGGAGACCAGUGUCACGAUUGACAUCCAGCAUCUCCCUCUUGUCAAUCUCUCAGUGGAGCCUCAGCCUGUUCUGGAGGGCAACCUUGUGAAAUUCCACUGCUCUGCAAAGGCCAACCCUCCUGUCACACUCUACAGGUGGGCCAAAGGAGGGAGCGUAAUCAAGGAGGUCUCCGGAGACACAUAUGAGGUCAUCGUGGACCACUCCUUCUUUACGGAACCCGUUUCCUGCGAGGUCACCAACCCUCUUGGCAGCACCAACAUCAGCCGCAACGUCGACGUCUACUUCGGUCCUCGCAUGGCUGCGGAGCCUCAGUCCUUGCAGGUGGACCUUGGAUCUGACGCCGUGUUCAACUGUGCCUGGACGGGAAAUCCCUCUCUCACCAUAGUGUGGAUGAAAAGGGGAUCUGGAGUGGUUCUUAGCAACGAAAACCUCCUGACACUGAAAUCCGUGAGACAGGAGGAUGCUGGGAAGUACGUGUGCCGUGCCGUGGUCCCGCGCGUAGGAGCGGGGGAGAAGGAGGUUUCUCUCACUGUCAAUGGGCCACCGACUAUCUCCAGUACGCAGACUCAGCAGGCUUUACAUGGAGAAAAGGGACAAAUCAAAUGUUUCAUUCGAAGUACACCUCCUCCAGACCGCAUUGCGUGGUCAUGGAAGGAAACCGUGUUGGAGUCUGGAACGUCCGGCCGCUACACCGUGGAGACCGUCACCACAGAGGAAGGAGUGAUCUCAACGCUGACUAUGAGUAACAUCGUCCCGGCUGACUUCCAGACCAUCUACAACUGCACGGCGUGGAACAGCUUUGGCUCAGACACCGAGAUCAUACGCCUUAAGGAACAAGGUGGGAGCCAAGAAUCUCUCCCAGUGGCGGUGAUCAUCGGCAUUGCUGUGGGAGCUUUUGUGGCCCUCAUUGUCCUCAUGGGCACCAUCGGAGCAUUCUGUUGCACCCGCUCCCAGAGAAAGGAAGCGCACCUGGUUAUGCCCUCACUGCCCGUCUCCAUCUGUGCUCACCAGAGAGAACUUGCAAGCAAAAUUAAGACAGAAAAUCUGAAAGGAGUCGUGUCGGUGAAAAAUGACAUCCGAGUGGAGAUUGUACACAAAGACCACAAUGCAGCACGAGAAAACGAAGAACACACCUCCAUGAAACAACUGAUGGUUGAACGAGGAGAGUUCCAGCAGGAGUCUGUUCUGAAGCAGCUGGAGGUAUUACAGGAGGAAGAGAAGGAGUAUCAGCACAUUAAGGACCCUACAAAUGGCUACUACAGUGUCAAUACCUUUAAGGAGCACCACACGCCUACCAUGGCUGGGAAUCAGUCCACUGAGGUGAGGAACCCCACCAACACAGGUACCCUGGGCAAGCAGCGGGUACCUACAGGCAUGUCCUUCACCAACAUCUACUCCACUCUGGGAGCAGGUCCCAACCGUCUCUAUGACUACAGCCAGCGCUUCGUGCUGGGCAUGGGCAGCAGCUCCAUCGAGCUGUGCGAGCGGGAGUUCCAGCGCGGCUCGCUCAGCGACUCCAGCUCUUUUAUCGACACGCAGUGUGACAGCAGCGUCAGCAGCUACAGUAAGCCGGACGGCUACGUGCAGUUCGACAAAGACAGCAAGGCGUCGGCCUCCUCCUCCUCCCACUACUCCCAGUCCUCCUCGCAGAACUCAGACCUCACCCGGCCGCUCCAGAAGCGCAUGCAGACCCACGUCUGACCACCAAGGAGGGAGAGCGUUUGGACGGGGUGUAACAAGCAGCCGGGAUUGUAAAACUGUGACAGAAUCAGCUCCCAGGAGCUUUCCACUGGAUGCUGGUUGGCUUUAAUACACCAUGUGACUUGUUCAGACUUCUCAAUGUCCCAAAAAAGUGGAUCAAGAAGCCUUAUAUUUCCCUCACGCUUAACUCAUCAGCCACCUCCUUUUUUUAGCCCAUAAUCAGAAUCGUGCCACAGAGAGGUUAUUUGCCAACACGGAGAAAACACAAGUUUGGAAUUCGAACAUUCAAUUCUCCGUUUCUGCAGCGGAAUUGUCAGCAGAGGGCAGGAAUACCACAAAGGCUUUGUGUGACAAUCAGCUCCCACGGCAAAGACCGUUUUUGCAUUUUGAAGAUUGUCAUUCAGAAAAAAAACUGAGAUUGUUGUUACGAGUGUUGAGGCACUCAGCACGAACGUCACGAUAAUGAGUGCCAGCCAAUGUCCUGCUGCUCUGUUGUAGUUUUGAAGCACAAAAAUGAAUGUGCAUGUGGUUUUUAGUUGUUAAAGCAAUAACUCUUCCUCUCCCCACCUUCCGUUCAAACACAGUAUGUUAAGCUUGGCUUGUUGAAACUCGUCUCUGUAGGUGGAAGAAAACUUUCUCCAUGUGCCCACAGACGUCUGGCACGUUUAAAAGAAUGACUGUUUUUUUUUUUUUCUCUCCGCAGCAGUAUCUGGGCCACAGAGCUGGGCAGAUAAAGAGGGGCUGAGAUCUCAUUUUAAAUCCCUGAGUCAUUAUUUUACUGUGACACAAAAAGAAUAUCAGUGUACAUACGUGACUGUAAUUUUCUUUUCUAGCAUCUAAUUUCUGACUCUUAUUUCCCUCCCGGAGGACUCUAAAUGAGACAUGAGCACCUCUUCUUGUCCAUAUCUACUUUGCCUUGAGGGUGUGUUUGAUCUGUGUCAAUACAAACUUUCACUAAGCGAGAUAGACAUACACAAUCAGCUCUUCUGUCGAUGAGGAGCUGCGUCCUAUACGGUUCUUACCGCACCAAUUCCAGUUCCAAGGCGCGCGGCAGGAAAGCCCACAAACUGCAACGUGUGUUGCACUUGUGAGUUUCUCCUUCUGACGCCGCAGGUCAUCAGCCAUAUACUUGAGGUUACCUGUCAAAUGAAAUGUAAACAUUAUCUUUUAGCUGAGCUUCUUAUUGUGUGGUUAUCCCAUUGCUAUUGUCAAUAUCACUGUUGACACUGGAGCUCAGUGCACCCUGACUGUAUACCUACCUGUGAUCGUGCCGGUCAUCAAGGGACAUGAAGAGCAAAUUUAGAAAACGUGUUUAAUUUUGCUCUCUGCUGUUCAUUUUUUUUGGCUAUUGUGGAGCUGGUGGUGUCACACUGACUCUUAUCAAGUGCAUCCUUUUUAUUUUGUUCUGUUUUGCACUGUCUGUGACAUAUAUGAGAUUGGAUUUAUUAUUUAAUCACUGACACUGUAUUUGUUUUAGUUGAGAGUAGAGACAGUAGUGAUUUAACUUGCAGCAACACAAACGUUCGUACUUAACAUACAAUUUCAAAGGGAGCCUGUUGUCAGGAGAGUCGUAGUCAUGCAUCGCGCAUGUUUGGAGGCAGAACAGAGUAACGACUGGGGAGUGUUGCUUUUUUGCAGUACUGAACACCGGGAAUCCGGAUGCAGAUGUGUGCACAGUGCAGAUACUGCAAAGCAAUUGGGCAAAAGGAUUUUACCUUUAUUCCAACCUGGAUUCGACCACAAACUGCACUAUACGGCUGAUUACAUCGAGGCACAUCGCUAAAGUGCGCCUUGGCAAAUUGCGUCGGCCGAAACAGAGGUGCGCCUGUGGAGUUUGCAACCAGAUGAUCAAAUGUGAUUAACGGGAAAAUGUGGUCUUUUUCUUUCUAAGCCUACAAGAAACUAUCACAACAUGAGAUAUGAAUUUCCUCUCACAUACUCCCUAGCUCUCUAUCUAGCGAGCCACAUCUACGGGCAUCAAAACAACGCUAGAAAAUCGCAACACACGGCACCAGAGAGUAGCACACGGCAGGAGCACCGUAUAGGAAAACAAUGGUUUUGCUGCUGAAGCGUUUCUAGCUACACAUCUCAGUGUGGUCGACCCUUAUGCCAGGUUAAAUUUGGACCUCUAAAUAAGAUGUUAACCCAACAAACGUUGUGAUCCCAAACCCAUUGCUGUCUCCUUAAGCAGGCCCUCUAAUAAGGACAACCAUUUACAGUAAACAUAGAUCAUUUCUGUAACAGCCGCAGUCACAUCAUACAUUACAUCACAUUUGAUUUCAGCCAUCAAAAGCCGCAUAUGUCUUUCAAGGUCUGUUCCAGCCAUACUUUAAAGAAUCAGCUUGUUUGUUAUUUGAUCAGUUGUUUGAAGGGUAAAGAGGAGUUCCUGGAAAAUAACCGCAGAUUGCUGUAAAACAGUGCGCCCAAAAUGCCAGUGUCACUUUUGUUUUGUCGAAUCAAACUGUAAUGUGACAGAAAGUAUAUUAGGUUACAGUGUAUCUUAUCUAAUUAGGUCGUUUUCAGUAUCUUCCAUAGCGGAGCAGUCAACUGGGAUGAAGUGAGCCUGAAACAACCCAUAAAAAAAAACAAGGACGGCAUUUCCAAACAAAAGCAAGUUGUUGUUGUAAGCACUUUAUGUUUGAUUAUAUUCAGGGCAUUUGAAUGGGCUUUUCCACUUGAGUGGCAGUGGUUUGGACUCUAAUUUUACAAAUGGAUUGGCGCCCAUUGUACAGCUUAAGACAAAAAGCUCUGUUUCAACGCUGAUAAUCCAGUUUGGCACUUAGCAGACUGUAUAUAAAUCUCUAAUGCUGUCUUUCUCUGUAUAUAAUUUCUCCUGGCUUUUCUUUCUCUCUCAGUCCGAUUUCACUAUAUUAGAGCUCCACAAAUCCACGUGGCAUCCAAACUGUACGCCCAGACAAUCAUUUUUCUCUUUGUUUCCCUUCCAAAAAAUUUCAUCAACCUCACUUGUUUCCCACAAAUUCCAUGAAAGGCUUGCAUGAGCAGUUUCUCUUCGCCCAGAUCUCACGGGGGGGAAACUCUCGCUCUGCACACCGAGCACACGGAAAGCUAUAGGAUGAGAAGCUAAGCUUAGCUGGGACAGCUUUGAAGUGAGAUGCAGUAAGAGGUUAUUAUACCUUCAGCCCUUCUGAGAGAUGCCCAGAUGCCCAGCAAUAUAUUGCAUUUGGCACCAUGAUGACUGUCAAGUAUGCCUGGGCCGGGGGUUUUUUAAUACAUUUUUCUCAGCAGUUAUGAGUGCAAAUUCGUACCUUGAUAUCGGCAGGAGUCAAUUCCAGCGUGAUCUAGUUUGCAUGGGACAGAAUACAUUUUUAUUAUUAUUUGCAUAUGUUAUGCAUCGUUUAGCAUCGACAGCUUCAGAUUUCAAACAUGUCCAACAUUCAGAAUGCCGACGUGAAGCGUGUCUCUCCCUCAAAACAAAACUAAUUUGCUUUCCCCUCCGAAGGGUCCAGUUUUAUUUAUCUGAUGCAGCUCCAGCACUGAUCCAAACAUAAUGCAUUUUCCCAGUCCAGAGAAUCUGCACACUGCACAGCAAACAGAUAAAUAUUUGAUAGGCCAGCCUUCUGUCCCAUCCACCCCCCCCCCCCCCCCCCCCCCCCAUGGCAGCAGCUACAGUGGGCAUGAGAGUACAGCAGGAAGCGACUGCCAUGUCAGUCUUUGGGAAUCAAAGCCCAUGUGGGGACAAAGUCUGCCCCGCUCACCUGUGGACGCCUCUCCGGCUGGUGCUGGCGACGCCUGUUUGCCUGGCUACGAGCGCCGCACAGAUGCCAGGGCAUAACAGAUGAAUAAACACAAAGACCCGGAACAAUUACAAGGGGUUGCUGUCCUUUCCUGAUAAAACAAAAGCAGCCCUUUUUCAGAGCCGAGGAUGCAGGGUAGUCUAUAUUAUUCAGAGAUGCUAAAGACUAGCCUGUAGUGCAAUGGAUAAGGACAUUGCAAAGGUGAGGGACAGAGGUUAUGAGCAGUGUGAAGUGAAGAUUUGUUGUUUGUAAAGGCUUCUCUGCCCACUGGCUAUAUUCUAUUUGUUUACUGCACAAAACCUUUUGCUUGGUCUGAAUAAACUGGGAAAAAAUGGAUAAAGAACCGCUGAAUAUUAGUACUGCCAAUAUCUCGCCUAUGCCUGCAAAGGGUGGUUUACAUGAGGCUAUUUAAAGUCUCCCUCAUUGUAUGAUAAGUGUCCGUGAUGGAACACAUUAGGGAGGAUGCCAUUUGAAACAUUGAAUUGAUCAAAAUAACCCUUUCUUUACUGUGUAAAUGCUUUCUAUCACUCUGUUUAUCUCUUUCUCUCUCACUUCUUUUCUUUUUUCUACCAACCAAUACCUUGUUAGUACUUUAAUACCUGUAAGGACAAGGGCCUGGGCUAAAUAGCAUUUGCAAAUAAUCCUCAGAGUUUGCUUCAGCCUGCAGGGCACACGGGGAAUCAGUGUGGUUUGGUUUGCAGCAUACAGUGUACGAUAAGUCACAGAAGACUGAAAGAAUCACAGAAAAGCAUUUGAAAGUCAAAUGAGUGCGCUUCUCUGCGAUUGGUCGAAUCGUUCUGCACUCCUAAUGAAGCAAACUAGUUUGCAAAUACUACAUGACCCAGGUCUGAAAAAGUACUUAACUUAGACGGUCAUUUCGAGAGUUUGUAUAAAUAGUGAAACAUAAUUGUAAUGAAAAGACAACAUGUAAAUUACUGGGUAAACCACUAUUUUCAGGCGGUGGCCCUCUGUAUCUAAGAAAAAAAAGAAAAAUGGUUGUAUUUUAACUGUACUGGUCUGUGAAUCUAUGAUGCUUUUGCUCUGUAUAUUUGGAGAAUAAAAAUGAUGUUUGAGUUUGUGUUUA